CUCGUGAAAAGCUUAGUGACCGGUCACAAGAUAAAGUUUCGAAAUAAUUAGUUUGUGCAAUAUUUUUUAUAGAAAAAAUAUGGAACGAUACGAUAAUAGCCGCCCAACCAUUGAAUAUGAUCCGAUGUGUGAUAGUGAGAAUCCUCAAAAAAUAUCAUUUGAGGAUGUGUCAGCGGCCGCCUACAGGAUCCAAAGUGGGAUAAUAAAAACGCCAUGCGUGAAAUCUCACAUGUCAAGUAUUUAUGGUAUGGAGAUUUAUCUGAAAAAUGAUUUCCUUCAACAUACCGGAAGUUUCAAAGAGCGCGGCGCCCGCAAUGCGUUACUGCUGCUGUCCCCGGAAACAAAAGCGCGUGGAGUAAUCUCGGCUUCGUUGGGCAACCACUCGCAAGGGCUAAGUUACCACGCGCAACAGCUCAAUGUACCCACCACCGUAGUAAUGCCAAACGUGGCUCCAAUCAUGAAGAUCGAGAACUGUCGCUCGUACGGUGCGAAUGUAGUAAUUCAUGGCCAUGACAUGAAGGAAGCAAAAUACCACGCUAUGACGCUUGCCAAAGAGAAAGGCCUCACUUAUAUCAACGGGUACGAUCAUCCCCACAUAAUGGCUGGUCAAGGAACAGUGGGAUUGGAAAUAUUAGAGCAAGUUCCAGACGUCGACGCUGUGUUGGUGCCAGUGGGAGGCGGUGGCCUCUUAGCUGGCGUCGCCACUGCAAUAAAACAUCUAAAACCACACGUUCUUAUUUAUGGAGUAGAAACGGAGAAAUGUCCAAGUAUGGAAACAGCUAUGAGGAACAAGGAACCCACAAGCGUGCAGAUAUGGUCGACCCUUGCAGAUGGUCUCGCCGUACCCACUGUCGGGUAUAACGCCUUUUUCACGGUCAAAAAUCUUAUUGACAAAAUGAUUACAGUGAACGAGGACUGGCUAGCACGGGCUAUCUUACGUCUCGUGGAACAGGAAAAAUAUGUUGUAGAAGGUGGCGGCGCCGUGUGCGUCGCGGCUAUAAUGGCGGGCUUAGUACCAGAACUAGCUAAUAAGAAAGUUGUCUGCAUAUUAUCCGGUGGCAACAUCGACACAACAAUCUUAGGCCGAUGCUUGGAACGUGGUCUGGCGGCUGAGCAGCGUUUGGUGAAGUUCAAGGUGACGGUGAGCGACCGACCCGGCGGCAUCGCUGAACUGUGCAAGCUGCUCGCGUCUCUGGGUGUCUCCAUCAAGGAUAUCAUGCAAGAGCGCGCUUGGGUGUAUGGAGAUAUAUUUAGUGUCCGAGUUAAGGUUGUGUGUGAAACUCGGGGCCCCGAACACAUGGCAGAACUACGUAACGUGAUCAUGAACACUUAUAAAGAAUGGUAUUUUGCGCGGGAAUGGGACGAACGACGGAGACCCAGUACAGACUCAUUAGACGACGUAUCACAUUAAAUAUUUACUAACAAUAAAGAUUACAAAAAUUGUAUUUUUUCAAGAAAUAAUAUGGUAGUACUACUACGGAAAUGUACCUGACUUUGUGAGGGUAAAAUUUAAUAUAGGUAUAAAAGUGAAAGGUAUGAUUUCUAUUAAAUUUUAGAUAAUUUGGAUUGAGUUUUCGUAUAAUUAAAUAUUAUAUUUGUAAGUUUAUUAUAACUGGAAUAUAUUAAAAUUGGAGAUAUAGGGAGAUACCAUAAAGUAGGUACCCAGAACAACAGUGUACGUAACUAUUAUGUGUGUUCUCGAAUCACAGAUAACAUAAUACUGUACUGACUCGAAUAAAGGCCAUGCUAUAGUUACCCCCCUGACCGACAAAAUUAUGUUCAAAUUCAAAUUCCUUUAUUUGCAUCAACGCCAGUAUCAAAGAUAUGGUACAAUACAUACAUAAAAAUUCACUGUCAAAUUAGCACAAUACCUAAACUAGAUUCACAUUUUAGAUAGAAAUUCACAAUAAAUAACAGCCGUUCUUUAAUGAACUUGAU